CAGUGCCCAUGUUAUGCUGCAUCGUGGGUCCUUUCACAUCCUUCUUGCUCAACUUCGGAGUACACAGGAUGGAAACUGCUCUCUGCCUUUGGGAGACAGCGCAUGGUUCAGCUUAGUAAAGCUGUAAUUGGAGCUCAAAGCAGAAGGCUCUUUCUCAGGCUCCCUGUGGCCAGCCUGCAGGAGAAAGAACUUCCAUGCCCCCAAAGCCCAGAGCGAUGGAAGGACAAGGGGUAGGCCGAACCCUCAGGCUGCUCCGAAAUCGCUUGCCACGACUUCGAGCAGGACCUUCCCAGAACAAUACCGGGGAAGCUGCCACAGAACCAGAAAGGACCCAGGAACAUUCCCUGUCUAACUUUGCCGGAGGCCAGCACUUCUUUGAAUAUCUUCUUGUUGUUUCUUUAAAGAAAAAGCGCUCAGGGGAGGACUAUGAACCCACGAUCACCUACCAGUUUCCCAAGAGGGAGAACCUGCUCCGGGGUCAACAGGAGGAGGAAGAACGGCUGCUCAAAGCCAUUCCUUUAUUCUGCUUCCCUGAUGGGAAUGAGUGGGCACCCCUCACAGACUAUCCCAGGGAGACCUUCUCAUUUGUCCUGACGAACGUGGACGGAAGCAGGAAGAUUGGAUACUGCAGGCGCCUCCUGCCUGCCGGUCCUGGCCCUCGCCUUCCCAAAGUCUACUGCAUCAUCAGUUGUAUCGGUUGCUUUGGCCUGUUCUCCAAGAUACUAGAUGAAGUAGAAAAGAGGCAUCAGAUCUCCAUGGCUGUCAUCUACCCAUUCAUGCAAGGUCUCCGAGAGGCAGCCUUCCCCGCACCAGGAAAGACUGUCACCCUUAAGAGUUUCAUCCCUGACUCAGGCACUGAGUUCAUCUCCCUGACACGACCCCUGGACUCCCACCUAGAGCAUGUGGACUUUAGUGCUCUGUUGAACUGUCUGCAGUGUGAGCAGAUUAUUCAGAUCUUUGCCUCUGCAGUCCUGGAAAGAAAAAUCAUCUUCCUGGCAGAAGGUCUCAGUACCCUGUCUCAGUGUAUCCAUGCUGCAGCUGCUCUGCUCUACCCCUUUAGUUGGGCACACACAUACAUCCCUGUGGUCCCUGAGAGCCUUCUGGCCACUGUCUGCUGCCCCACCCCCUUCAUGGUUGGGGUACAGAUGCGCUUCCUACAGGAGGUUAUGGACAGUCCCAUGGAAGAGGUCCUGUUGGUGAAUCUUUGUGAAGGAACCUUCUUAUUGUCGGUUGGUGAUGAAAAAGAUAUCCUACCACCAAAACUUCAGGAUGACAUCUUGGGCUCCCUUGGUCAGGGGAUAAAUGAGUUAAAGACUUCAGAACAAAUCAAUGAGCAUGUUUCAGGCCCUUUUGUGCAGUUCUUUGUCAAGACUGUGGGCCACUAUGCAUCCUAUAUCAAACGGGAGGCCAGUGGGCAAGGCCACUUCCAAGAACGAUCCUUCUGUAAAGCCAUCGCCUCCAAAACCAAGCGCCGAUUUGUGAAGAAGUUUGUGAAGACACAGCUCUUUUCCCUAUUCAUCCAGGAAGCAGAGAAGAGCAGGAACCCUCCUGCAGGCUAUUUCCAAAAGAAAAUACUUGAAUACGAGGAACAGAAGAAGCAGAAGAAAGCAAAAGAAAAGACUGUGAAGUAAAAGCUGUGGUGAGCAAGUGUCUAGAGCUACAGGCCAAUUUGGACUUUGGCCCUUCUGGUGUGACAGGAUCACUGAGGCUCCCAGCCCUGGAAUCCAUGGCCUCUUUCCAACUGGUAACCCAGUCUUGCUUCAAAGUGGUGUCUGAGUUUGGAAUCCUUGGUGUCAGAAUUUCUCAGAACUUUGAGAGCUCUCAUCCCAUCUGAACUUAUGGAACUGUACUCAAAGCUGCACUUUUAGUAGAACGGACACAGCGGGAAACAGCAGUACAGUUGCGGGUGUUUGACGAGAAGUUGCCACCAAUGCCAUCUCCUGGGAACCACCGUUAUAAAUCCUCAGCAGAGAACACUGUUGUGGCCCAACGACACAUGUACAAAAUUGUGGUGACAUGUGAGGAUGAGAAUAAAGAUAAAAACCUU